CUCGGCAAUAUAUAUAUCGGCGGAGGAGAAGUGCAGGUCCGUCAGACAGCUCCCUUCAGCCGGGUGGGUCAUACGAGCACCCCGCGCCCGUGACGACACCAGCCGCCAUGACCGCUCUUCAUGUCUUGUGCGCCGUCCUGGUUGUGGUGGGGGUGAGCGCCAAGGGCCCUGAUGCCAGCCCGCACGCAGGAGCAGCAGCGGUCCACGCAGACACUGGCCCCUCCCCGACCAUUUUCCGGGAGACCGUGAUCAAGUCCAAAGGGGCAACCAUCGGCAAGCGCAUCUCAAACUCCUUGUCUAGCGGCCUUGGGGCUCACGGUGGUCCUGUAUUUCACGAUGGUCCAGGGUCCCAUGGUGGUCCUGUGUCCCAUGGUGGUCCUGUGUCCCAUGGUGGCUCAGUGAUCCAUGGUGGUCCUGUGUCCCAUGGUGGUCCUGUGUCCCAUGGUGGCUCAGUGAUCCAUGGUGGUCCUGUGUCCCAUGGUGAUCCUGUGUCCCAUGGUGGUCCUGUGUCCCAUGGUGGUCCUGUGUCCCAUGGUGGCUCAGUGAUCCAUGGUGGUCCUGUGUCCCAUGGUGAUCCUGUGUCCCAUGGUGGCUCAGUGAUCCAUGGUGGUCCUGUGUCCCAUGGUGGCUCAGUGAUCCAUGGUGGUCCUGUGUCCCAUGGUGAUCCUGUGUCCCAUGGUGGCUCAGUGAUCCAUAAUGGUCCUGUGUCUCAUGGUGGCUCUGCAAUCCUUGGUGAUAAAGGGUUCCAUGGUGACUCUGUGAUCCAUGGUGAUAAUGGGUUCCAUGGUGAUAAUGGGUUCCAUGGUGGCUCAGUGAUUCAUGAUGGUCCAUUGUCUCACGGAAGUCCAUUGUCCCAUGAUGGUUCAGUUAACUAUGGUGCUCCAGUUGUCCGUAAAACAACAGUGGUUCACCAGGGUCCAAUCCUCAAGUCCGCAAAUAUUCAUACACCGGCAGUUUCAGCUCCAGUGGUCCAUGCCCGAGUAGCUGUCCCAGGAGCCGCCGUCCCUACUGUCCACAAGGCUCCAGCUGUGUCCACUUCCUACGGCCUCCCAAAAUACUCCCCCGUGCUGUCCCAGUACCACUCCCAAGAUAAACUCGGUCAGUACUCCUUUGGCUACAACGCUGGGAACUCUGCCCGCGACGAGAGCCGCGACGCCUACGGUAACGUGCGUGGGUCAUUCAGCUACGUUGACGACUACGGCAAAGUACAGACGCAGCACUACGUCGCCGACGACUACGGGUUUCGUGUGACCGGCACUAACCUGCCGGUCCACUACACCGACGCCCCUUCCUACCGCCACAAGCGGUCCUACGCCACCUUCCCGGCAUCUACCGGGCCUCUGGGAACUAAUUCCUACGGUGGCCCAAUUUCGACUGUCACUCGCGUCGUCAACGGCCCCGUAGUCGUGAGCGAGUCUGAUCCCCACACGGGCUCCUACGGCCAUGACGACGCUUUCGUCCUUGAUAAUACUUUACACAGUGUCUCCACUUCCUACAACGGCCCUUCAGGCUACGAGGGACCAGGCAGAGUUUCUCGUCUUCUCGGCAACUCAGACCUACACGGCAAUUUUGACCGUUACGGCAACAACGGAUUUUCAUACGGAUUCGAGACAGGCCCAUCCUCCAUCACUACCUAUGGGACCCACUUCGAUCAACAGAACCGAGGGUACGGCACACACUAGGCUCUGAAAAUCCCAUGUUAUCUGUUAUUAUCGUGGCACAGUUCUUCAGAAAAAAAAUCCUCUUUUCCAACGUUAUCUCUGAGGAAUAGUUGGUUGGCCAGUCUUGCAGAACUCCAGUCCUAGAAAAUAUACAGAGCAACCUCAUAACCCAAUUAACUAUCUCCCCAUAUUGUAAAUUCUAUUGAUCAUAAAUUGUCUAAAUAUCAAAACUAACGCUCAAAACUAAUCCUGUGAUAUUUUGAUACUCGAUCGUGAUUUAUUAAUUUAAUUUUACUGCGAGACUCUCCACGCCUCUGUUAAUAAGACUCACCUGUUGUCGACUGUUUAGUUUAUUGUAUCAUAUUUUUCCUCUUAGCUCUUCCAAAAUUCUUUAUCGCAUCCUAAACAGCUUUCUGUACAAAGCGUAUCCUUAUGAAUAACAAUUAUAUAUAUAUGAACGAUUAAA